CCUCAAUUCCUCCCAACUUCCUCAACUCCCUGUUCAUUCGAUCCAGCCUAACCAACCACUAUUAUCCCCUCUAUCUAUCCCCCAUAACCCAAGCCCCAUGACACCCGUCGAUCCCCAAUCGAACAAUCUAAAUUCUUCUAGAAGACUCCGAUCUCCAACCAUGACCCAUCGACCCUGAAAAUCCUGAUAAUCUCCACCGACCACGGAUCCGAUUGAGGCAACCACGGACCGCGCCCAUCGUUUCUCGACGAUCCUCAACAACCGAGAUUUGACAUCCCAUUUAUCAGACCUCGUUUCCCAGCCAUGAGAGCCUGGCAAACAACCUCCCUGCGCGCCUGCGCACGGCGAUCCUCAUUAAAUGCUCGCCGGGUGCAACGGCCCCCAUUCAGCAGCAGAGGGAGACACUCGAAUUUUUCUACCCAGGCUGGAAAUGCACCUCGCAAGUCUGCCACGUUGCCCAUCCUGGGCUCGAUUGUCGCUACCGCGGCCGUGACCCUCCUUGCGUCCGAGGCUUGGCGCGCCAAGACUGAUACUCAGCAGGUUUCUGCUGGGGCCAAGUAUGCGGAUGGGCCGACUAUGCUCAGGGCUGUCGAGGAGAUCAAGCAAGUCAUCGGAGAUGAGAAUGUAAGCGUGGAUUCUGACGAUAUUGAAGCGCACGGAUACUCGGAAUGGUCGACGUCCAACACCACCGCGCGACCGGUCGCGGUUUUCAGUCCAGCUUCAACAGAGGAAGUCUCCCAGAUCGCAAAGAUAUGCACCAAGUACAAGGUACCCAUGGUGCCGUUUGGGGCUGGCUCCAGCGUCGAGGGCAACUUCGCCGCUCCGCACUCAGGCGUCUGUAUUGAUCUAUCGCGGAUGAACCAGGUCAUCGAGCUGUACGAGCAGGACAUGAACGUGACAGUGCAAGCAGGCGUGCGAUGGACGGAUCUAAAUGAGCAGAUCAAGUCCACUGGCCUCUUCCUCCCCAUGGACCCCAGUCCAACGGCAUACGUCGGCGGCAUGGUAGCGACAAACUGCAGCGGCACAAACGCAAUGCGAUACGGCACGAUGAAAGACUGGGUUGUCAACCUGACAGUCGUGCUAGCAGACGGGACGAUCCUUAAGACGAAACGCCGACCUCGCAAGUCCUCCGCCGGGUAUAACCUCAAUGCCCUGUUCACCGGAUCCGAGGGCACAUUGGGAAUCAUUACCGAAGCGACACUCAAACUCGCCAUUAUUCCCGAAGAAAGCAGUGUUGGAAUCGCCACCUUCCCUACAGUGGGCGACGCCACAGCCGCAGCAUCGAAACUCAUCCGGGACGGAGUCCCCCUCGCAGCGUUGGAAUUCAUGGACGACGUCCAGAUGAAAAUCAUCAACCAAAAUGGCGGUGCUGGCGGGAGAUUCUGGUCCGAGGCACCGACCCUCUUCCUCAAAUUCACCGGCACCCGCACCGGAAUCACCGACAGCAUCCACCGCACGCGCACUAUCCUAAGCAAGAACAAAAGUAACGAGCUCGUCUUCGCCAACUCCCGCGAAGAAGGCGACAAUCUCUGGGCUGCGAGGAAACAAUCCCUCUGGGCCAUUCUAGCUGUCAGACCGGAAGGAACCGAGAUUUGGUCUACGGACGUAGCGGUCCCUAUCUCCCGACUGGCCGAAAUAGUCGAACUCUCCAAAACCGAAUCCAGCAAUCUCGGCCUCUUUUCCACCGUCCUCGGCCAUGUCGGAGACGGCAACUUCCACCAAGCAGUCAUGUAUAACCCACAAAAGCCGGAAGAGUACCAAGCCGUCAAGGCGUGCGUGUCGCGGAUGAUGAAGAGGGCGUUGGAGAUGGAGGGGACGGUUUCGGGCGAACAUGGCAUUGGGAUUGGGAAGAAGGCGUAUCUGGAAGAGGAGCUGGGUACAUCCACGAUGGAGUUUAUGAGGGGGGUGAAGAGGAGUGUGGAUCCAUAUUGGUUGAUGAACCCGGGAAAGGUCUUUGAUGAGUAUUAUCAGGGUAGAACAUGAUCGUUGAAAUUGGAUGGGAUGGUGUAUGUCUCAACGGUGGCUUCAUUUUGACAUCAUGGAAGUAUUCUAGUGACUCAGAUGUUCAUAGAUCUAGCAUCUGGAAUGAAACCGGGUGGGUACCCAGAACAGGA